AGUGAUGGCGAGGAUGAUGGCGGCGGUUCCUCGGGCGGCCCCAGGGCAGCGGCGCUCCGGAAGAUACAUCCAGAAAGUGCCCAGAAGAAACUUCCUGCCGGAAAAACUGAAAAAGCAUUAUUUAUAACACUGGAAUUGUGGAUAAGUUUUGAAGAUGGCAGAAAACAUUGAAAAUGAUUGUAAAGAUGUAGAUGUAAGACCUAAAACUACCCGGAGUAGAAGUGCUGAUAGAAAAGAUGGUUACGUGUGGAGUGGAAAGAAGUUGUCUUGGUCGAAAAAGAAUGAAAGUUGUUCAGAUGCUGAAACGGUGAAUGUUAUAGAGAAAACAGAAGUUCCCUUAAGAAGCCAAGAACGAAAGCACAGCUGUUCAUCCAUCGAGUUGGAUUUAGAUCACUCCUGUGGGCAUAGAUUUCUAGGCCGUUCUCUUAAACAGAAACUUCAAGAUGCUGUGGGGCAGUGCUUUCCAAUAAAGAAUUGUAGUAGCCGGCACUCUUCAGGACUUCCAUCCAAAAGAAAAAUUCAUAUCAGUGAACUCAUGUUAGAUAAGUGUCCUUUCCCACCUCGAUCGGAUUUAGCCUUUAGGUGGCACUUUAUUAAACGACAUACAGCUCCUAUAAAUCCUAAAUCAGAUGAUUGGGUAAGCACAGACUUAUCUCAGAGUGAACUGAGGGAUAUUCAGUUAAAACGAAGAAACACAGAAGAAGAGAUAAACUGUUUCUCACAUACUAAUGUUCAGCCCUGUGUCAUAACCACAAACACUGUUUCAUGUGGAAGUGGUCCUCUAACUGGUUCUGUAAUGAACCUAGUUUCAAAUAACAGUAUAGAAGAUAGUGAUAUGGAUUCAGAUGAUGAAAUUAUUACACUUUGCACAAGUUCCAGGAAAAGAAACAAACCCAAAUGGGAGCUAGAUGAAGAUAUCCUGCAGUUGGAAACACCACCUAAGUACCACACCCAGAUUGAUUAUGUCCACUAUCUUGUACCAGACCUCCUUCAGAUCAAUAACAAUCCAUGUUAUUGGGGAGUUAUGGAUAAAUAUGCAGCUGAAGCUCUACUAGAAGGAAAACCUGAAGGUACUUUUUUACUUCGAGAUUCAGCACAGGAAGACUAUUUGUUCUCUGUUAGUUUUAGACGCUAUAGUCGUUCUCUUCACGCUAGAAUUGAACAGUGGAAUCACAACUUUAGCUUUGAUGCACAUGAUCCUUGUGUCUUCCAUUCUCCUGAUAUUACUGGGCUCCUAGAACAUUAUAAGGACCCAAGUGCCUGUAUGUUCUUUGAACCACUUUUAUCUACUCCUUUAAUUCGGACUUUCCCCUUUUCCCUACAGCACAUAUGCAGAACAGUUAUUUGUAACUGUACAACUUAUGAUGGUAUUGAUGCCCUUCCAAUUCCUUCCUCUAUGAAAUUAUAUCUGAAGGAAUAUCACUAUAAAUCAAAAGUUAGAGUACUCAGGAUUGAUGCACCAGAACAAUGCUAGGAAAGGAGUAGAAACAUUGGAAUUAUACACAUAUUUUUAUUUAAUGGCUUAUUUUUCUUAUACUUUACAUUUUUUUAAAAGGGCAACUGGAAUACAAAUAAACUUCUGCCCAAAAUUUUACUUCCAGAUCAUUUUAUUUUUAUUCUGACAUACUAAUUGUUUAA